AUGAGCCAUGGUGAUGCAGAGACACCCUGGGUAGUCUCACUGCUCGCAGGCGGCAUUGCCGGAGCAGUUGAAGGUGCCGUCACAUACCCGUUUGAAUUUGCCAAAACUCGAGUACAGCUUCGCGAGCAGAAGGGCAAACCAACACCCAAGAACCCCUUUAAAGUUGUAUAUGGAGUGUACGCCAAUGAGGGAAUUGGGGCAUUAUACAAAGGAUGUAUGCCUCUAGUCAUAGGCUCUGUAGGCAAAGAUGGAAUCCGCUUCCUCUCCUUCGACACCAUUAAGAACUCCUUCAAAGAUCCCGAAACAGGCACACUCUCUCCAAUACGCAAUUUGUUAGCAGGAAUGGCCUCGGGAGUCGUCGCAUCCAUCACAUGCGUGACGCCCUCGGAACGGAUCAAAACCGCUCUGAUCGACGAUGCAAGGAACGAGAAAAGAUACAAAUCAGCAACUCACUGUGUGAAAACCAUCUUGCUUGAAGAUGGAACCCUGGGUCUCUAUAGAGGUUUCGCGGGAACAACCCUCAAACAGGCCGGCGCCACCGCUUUCCGAAUGGGAACCUACAAUAUCCUCAAGGACUUUGAAAAGACGCGGGACAUUCCUCAAUCCACGCUCACGAAUUUUGCAAACGGGUCCGUUGCUGGCAUCGUUACGACUCUGGCAACCCAGCCUUUCGACACGAUCAAGACGAGAUGUCAGAGUUCCAAGGGGGCGAGUACGGUCGAAGCGUGGAAAUCCAUCAUUGCCGAUUAUGGUGUGAAAGGGUUCUGGAAGGGGACGACGAUGAGGUUGGGUCGCACGGUGUUCAGUGGAGGGAUUCUGUUCACGACGUAUGAGUGGGYGGCAGCAAUCUUGAAUCCGAUGUUUAUCAAGAAGGACGCGGUGUGA